AUGGACUACGGCGACAGCACCAACCCCAACGCCGCGCCGCCGCCGCCCGUCGACUACCCCAAGCCGCCGCGGCUGGUGUCGCGCCCCAAGGCGCCCGCGCUGCAGGAGGAGGAGAUGGGCACCGAGAUCAAGCUGGGCGACUUCGAGCAUGUCCACGCCCUGUCCGUCUCCGAGGCGCGCGCCGUCGUCACCGCCGUGCACAAGGGCCGCAAGAACAAGGACCCCGAGAGCAACCCGCUGCGCGACCGCAUCCACAACGACAACCCCACCAUCACCCACUUCCUCGACUACUUCGACAACUUUGCCCGCUACAAGGAGGAGGAGAGCCUGCACGCCAUCAACGCCAUGUUCGACACCCACCCGGAGCUGACCACGGUGGAGAAGGCGCUGCUGGGCACCCUCACCCCCGACUCGGCCGACGAGGCCACCACGCUGAUCCCGUCGCUGGCCGACAAGAUGGACACGGACUCGCUGCAGGCCAUCCUGGACGAGCUCACCAAGAUGCAGGAUCGUUUGCGAUAG